GCUCGUUCCUCUUCCUGUCUUCUUCCCUCCCAAAUCAACCAACUGAAUCUCUAUGCUUCUUGAAAUCGGUUACAGCGGGAGAGGCUCUGUCCGUCGUCUAUAUACCCUCCCUCGCCUUCCUUCCUCCCCUCCCCUCCCAUUGUAUCUCGUAGCUUCCUUCCUUCCGCUCCCUCCCUCUCCUAUUCACCUGGGCGUUCUUGCGAAGCUGUUCGACCGAGGCGAGAUGGUGGGCAAGCGGAAGGCCGACGACAACCUUACCGGGACAAGGCACCCGGCUGCGCGGAGGGAUCCUACAUCCGGCAGCGACCUGCCCGGUACAUCGGCGAACAAUACAGGGCCGGCGGCGAAUGCAGCCGGCGACGGCAUUGCUGGGAUUUCGCCGGACAUGGCGUUCCUGUUGGAGGUGACUUCAGGCUACGGCUACGCCGGCGGCUCUUCCCAGUUCGAUGGAGCUGCUCGCGGGGCCGGGGGCGGGUCAGGGUACAGGGGAUUCUCCCAGCCGCCAUCUCAGGGGAUGCUCCGGCCGCCGCUGGGCAAUCCAGCCGUUGGGAGUGCGCCCUUCCCGUACCGGUACCACGCGCCGACCGGCAAUGGUUCGCUCUCCGGCCUGACCCAGAGCCAGAUCGCCGGCCCCAGGCAGACAGGAACAGGGCAGCCGCUCGGCCACUCCGGCUCCGACGGGCCUUCUUCGGCGAUGUCUUGCGCCAGCAACGUGCUUCCGCAGCACCCGGAGAUCCGCUACGUGCCUCCGCGUCCAGUUCCCAGCUACGGCGGUGCGACUCAGGGUCAGGACAUCGCCAUUGGUCACCAGCACCAGCCCCAGCUCGACCACCGCCUCCGCCAGCCUUCUUCUGCAGCGCCGGCACAGGUUGCCGUCGGCCCGCACACAUGGGGACCAUGUGCUCGAUGGUGCCGUCUUUGCCCAGCGCCCGCCACGCGGGUUUAUUGCUCGGCGCCCUUUUGCGAGGUUUGCUACAGCCGUCUCUUCGUCGCCGACGACGUGCCUCAGCAGCACGCGCAAGCCGGCGGCUACGCGCCUCGGGGGGCAGUGCCUGCCAGUGAGCAGCAGUACCGGGCUGCGGCCAUUAGGCCUUCUUCCAGCUCCAGCUCCAGCUCAUCCGUCGAUUCGGGCCCGAUCUGCCAGGCUUGCGGCCACCUCAUCCGCACCCGCAACAGGAUGUGCAGGUCUUGCCACCGCGGCGGCCCGCCACCGCCAGGGCUCGGCUAGCUCAUAUCUCGUUGCUCCGAUGAGUGUACGGCAUUACUGUGAGAGUGAGAAUGUCUUGUGAACUCUGGUAGCCAUUUCUGCUUGCUCUGUUUUGACUUUUGACAAAGAUGCUGCCUUGAGUAGAGAUGAUUCUUGUGAUGAUACUCGUAAUGGUGUGGCCAAAUGUGGC